AGUUGAACUGAGCUGAGCCAAGCUGAGCUGAGCAGAUCAAAACGACGAAAACCCUAAAGAGAUAAAACGGAAAAACGGCCAAGCACAGCAAAGUGAGAGCGGGAGAGAUGCCUUAUCAGCCAGCGGGCAAUAACGGCAGCGGCGGCAGCGUCAGCAGCGCCAGCAGCAAAGCUGCUGCAAAAAUGUCGCAGCUCAAGUUCUGGAACAAGCAGAACAGCAGCAAGCAGCAGGACAAGCAACUGCAACAGCUACAAGACUCAUCCGACGGCUGCGAUGCGAACGGCAACGGCAGCGGCGGCAACAACAGCGCCAGCAACGGCAGCGGCAGCGGCGGCAACUCCAAGGGCGACUCGAAGAGCGGCAAGCGCAAUUGGCUGCACACGCCGGAGCAGCUCAUCAAUGGACAUGCGGUCUAUCUAGUCAAGUUCUUUGGUAACCUGAGCGUGGACCAACCCAAAGGCAUCGAAGUGGUCAAGGAUGCAAUACGUAAAUUACAAUUCGCCCAACAGAUGAAGAAGGCGGAAACGGGAACACAGGAGAAAUUUAAGAAACUGGAGAUUACGAUUAGCAUCAAGGGCGUGGCCAUACAGGAGCCGCGCACACACAAAAUACUUCAUCAGUUUCCGCUGUACAACAUCUCGUACUGUGCGGACGAGAAGGGCGUGAAAAAGUUCUUUAGCUUCAUUGCCAAGACAAUCAAGACGAAAGAUAAUGGCGCAACAGACACAAACGGCUACAAUUCGAAUGGCAACGCGAAGCCGGAGGAGACGCACGAGUGCUUUGUCUUCAUAUCAAACAAAUUGGCCUCGGACAUUACGUUGACCAUUGGCCAGGCCUUCGAUUUGGCCUACAGAAAAUUCAUGGACAGCAAUGAGAAGACAAAUCUACACAAGGCGCAGCAACAAAUUGCGCAUCUGCAGCAGACAAUUUCGAUAUACAAAGAGCGACUGCGCGAACUGUCGAACAAAUUGCCAAAGGGCGAGCUGGAUGCAAUGCUCUAUAAGCUGGGCGUCAAGGAUAUUGUCGAGGUGCCCAGCCAGGAGCUGAAUGGCACCGAACAGCUGAGCAAUGGCAAGCUGGAUGAGGACAAGUUGCUGAUUGAUACCAAUUCGAUGACCGCCUCCUCGACACAUUCGUCGUCCCCCAAUUCGUUCUUGCCAAUUGUGCCGCCGCGGAGCAAUCUGUCCAGCCAGAUGAGCAGCAGCAGCAGCGGCGGUGGUGGCAAGAGCAAUAGCCAGAAAAUGGACGAGCUGCUCUUGAAUUCGGAUUCGGAUAGUGAUUUCGAUCCACGGGCCGAUGAGAUACAGGAUAAUCUGAGCAAUGGACGUAAUGCCAUUAGCAACGAUCUGUUUGGCUUUGAGCCAUCCAAGAGCUUUGGCCAGCAGCUUUUCUUCAACAACAACAACAACAACAACAGUAGCCUAAAUAACAACAACAGCAGUCUAAAUAACAACAACAACAACAACAGCAUCAACAGCAGCGGCUUCUCCAGCGAGCUGAACAUCACGCCACCUCUAUUGGCACCGCCGCCAAAGAUUGCGGCACCACGUCGCAGCACCUCGGUGUCCAAUAGCGGCAACAAUGGCUUGAAUGGCAAUACGGAUCUGUUUGGCUCCGAUCCAUUCGAAAUGAACAACGGGCCCAGCGUGUUCAAGAGUCAACUUAACAUUGAUGACUUCUCAUUGGAGAGUUUGGAUCCGUUGCGCAAGUGAAGGAGAAAGAGGAAGGGGAAGAGGAAGAGGAAGAGCGGCGGCGGCAGCAGUAGAUCGAAAGCGGUGCUAACCACGCCAUUUGCUGCAAUAUCGAUCGAUCCGAA